AUCGAUAAUGAUGAUAAUACAUUAUCAAUAAAUUGUCCAGAAGAAUUAUACAAUUUAACAAAAUUAGCUGAAGUUAGUUUAGCUGUAGCUGCUGGUGAAUGUUUUAUAAAAACAACAAAACAACAACAGCAACAACAAAAUAAUGAUAAUGAAUUAUAUGAAUGUAUUGAAUGUGGUAAAUGUUAUAGUACAUCAUCAAAUUUAGCACGACAUAAACAAACACAUCGUUCAAUAAAUGAUAAAAAAGCUCGAGCAUGUCCAUAUUGUAAUAAAAUUUAUGUAUCCAUGCCAGCAUAUUCAAUGCAUGUACGUACGCAUUCACAAUUAUGUAAAUGUAUUUAUUGUGGUAAAUGUUUUUCACGUCCAUGGUUAUUACAAGGUCAUAUUCGUACACAUACGGGUGAAAAACCAUUCAAAUGUAAUAUUUGCACAAAAGCAUUUGCAGAUAAAUCAAAUUUACGGGCACAUAUACAAACACAUUCAAAUACCAAACCAUAUAUAUGUUUACGUUGUGGUAAAGCAUUUGCAUUAAAAUCUUAUUUAUAUAAACAUGAAGAAUCAUCUUGUAUGCGUAACAACAACAACAAUAAUACUAUAACACCAACACUACCAUCCAACGAUAAAAUUAAUAAUAAUAAU